UUAAACAUCUAAAUUUUCGGUUAAUUAACUUCGGAUAAAACCCGAGGAAUUUAAACUAUAUCGGAUUUCACCGAUUGUGUAACAACUAGCUGAGGAAGUUUACAUUUGAGUGUGAAGAAUGCACCGUGAUCGGCAACAAGAAUCGAUGACCUGUCAGCUCGCGCACAAAAAGAUAUAAAAGGGGAGAUCACCGGAAACUCGGGACGUCCGCACACGAAAGGUAUUUUUUGUACUUGUGUUCGUCAAUCUCCAUGCCAAGGACUAAUGCCGUCGGAGAAGACAUAGAAGACACCACAUCCUUUCAUACAGACGACGUUCGCCAACUCUCCCUUUCACCUAGAGAGGAGCAAUUGAAAUGCAGGACUGACGACAUAUUCCUUCUGAGUUUUCUACGAGCAAGAAAAUACGACAGAGAAAGAGCUUUGAAAUUACUCAAAAAUUAUUAUUCAGCAAGGAAGAAGUAUAAGGAUGUAUUUAAGGAUCUUAGACCUUCAGCAUUGCAAACAUGUCUACAAACGGGCUUAAUGAGUUAUAAAGUAUUAGAAACAGGUCAAAUUGUGGGAUUCGGUAGAGUCAGUCAUUGGGAUCCAACUAAAGUAAAACUAAUAGAUAUACUUAGAAGUGUAAUACUUUUGGUAGACAUGGAACUAAAUGACCAUCCUUUGCAAGUAAAUGGCGUAUAUGUAUUGAUAGAUGUGAAGACAUUAUCGUGGAGACAUUUUAUUCAAGUUAAUCCAAGAUUGCUUUACUUAAUAGUAUCAUCUUUAUAUCAAUGUAUUCCGUUAACUUACAAAGGGGUUCACAUUGUCAACGUUAACAAAUACUUGCAUGCUAUCGCAGCAAUGGCUUUCCCGUUUCUCCCUUAUAAAUUAAAGCAAAGGCUUCAUUUUCACGGAUCAAACAUGGAGAAUCUCCACAAAGAAAUCGACCCAAAAUGUCUUCCUGCAGAAUUUGGCGGCGAUUUGCCUCCUUUCGACGAGUCUGAAAGUAAUCAGAAGUUGAGAGACAUGGAAGAAUUCUUUAUUGAAAAUGAAAAAUAUUGGACCGAAGAGGAAAUAUCUGAAGCCAGAAAUUAGAAAAUGUCCAGUUUGAAAUAACGCAUUAGGUAUUCGGUAUACAUUAGUAAUGUUAUGAUUACAUUGAAUACUUUAUGUUAGAACACUAAUAUAAAGGCAGUGACUGGUGAAUAUGUUUAUAUUGUUUAAAAGCAAAUAUUUAAAUUAUUUUUAAUGUAUUCUGUAUAAAUUUACUGUUAAAAACUGUAGGACUAAUCACACCGUCUGUUAAAUUCAUUGUAAAAGUUUUGCUUUAGUGUAGAGAUUUUGAAACAUUUUUUUCAAAUGAACAACAACUUUCGUAUAUAAAUUUAUAAACACUUCUCUUAUUUAUUUUUUUAAAAUUUGUUAAAAGUGAGUUCUACUAUUUAAAUCGAUCUCGAAAACGUUAAGAAUAAGUGAAAUUGUUUUGGGUUUUCGAUUACUUUUUGAACAAUUUAUAGAAUCUUUUACAAAAUUGUACUUCUUAUAUAAGGUAAACCAGGAUUGGAUGGUGGAAAAAAGUUUUGAAUGCUGCGAGUGUGAAAAUAAAUUUUAUUGAAAAACAUUGAACUGUAAUAACAAACAAAACAACGAGGGUGAAACAUUCGAUUUAUUCACCUAUUUUUAUAGCAAUGAUGCGUAAACAGCGCGGAUAAUAAGCAUGGCAUUCAACUAUACUUUCCGCAGCGAAAGAAUAGACAUGAAUCAACCUGAGCUGGAGGACUCAACAUCAGAUAAAAGGGAUGAAAAAAUAUACGAGGAAGGAUUGAAUAUAAUACAAUUUAUCUAUACAUACGUGGUGCAACGUUUUACUUUAUACUCUAAUUGCACGCAUUCAUUGCCUAAUUCGGUUCACCACUUUAUCCUACAUAGGUUUGUAGAUAAUAUUGUAUUAUAUAAAAAGUAUAGUUUUCCAUUAAAAAAAGCUUAUAAUUUUAACGUUAAAAUAAUCUUGACCUUGGACCUAGACAAUAAGAUCAAAGAUACUGUACAUCCAGUUGUGAAAUUUCUCGCUCUCUCCAUUUCUGGGGUCAAAGAUAUGUGUUCCCAUUGAAAAAACAGACUUGACUUCUAAAUGACCUUGAAGGUCAAGGACAAGGUCACGUCUGAGGUCACCAAUUAAUUGGCCCCUCGAUAUCCUACGACUAUUGUCUAUAUCUUUUUCCAAAAUAAUGAGAUCCAAUUAAGUUAUUUCAUUGUUUCAAGAUAAAGAAUACACCCUGUAUAAUAAUAUUUUAAUAUAGUAUAAGCUAUACUAAAACACUAAUGUGUAGUAAUUACCUGUAUAUAUAACUAUAUAUAUAUAUACACACACAGAAGGCAGUUCCUGGAUUAAAAACAAUAUCAUCGACCUUAUUAAUUUUAUAUUACUUAAUUAAUUAAGAAUUUGAUAUACAAUAUUUUCUUAUAUAUACGCAGAUUUAAACAGGUAUGAAUCAUCAAAAAAGUUUUGAUUUUCAUUUUUAUUAGUCGAAUUUUUACAUAUAAAAACGGGUUAUAACCUCACCUCCGCCAGUUUUCCGUCAUCUCAGUGAUCAAUGAGAUGACAGAAAGCGAUGAAGGAUCGUUGUGUCACAACCCAUCAGGAAACAAACAAAA